AUGGAGUAUCAGAUGGAAUAUGCUUCUAACGAGUCCGCUAAAUCUGAGAAGGAGGCCUUUGUGCAGAACUCGUAUAACCAAGCGAGUGGAAAAGGAAGGAGGAGACUCCUUUACGUUUUGUCCGUAGCGGCCAUAUGCCUUGUGGCGGGGGGUGCAUUUUACUAUACACGCCCGGAAAAGACGAAUGAUGAUAACAACAACGAUGACGUUAUCAUCAACACUCUGUUGAAAAGUCCAGGUGGAAAGAAAUUCAUCGUCUCGAAGCUGACCGAACUGGUUGCGUCAUACGACAGGGAGGACAACCAACAGGAGCAGAAGCCAUCCACAGAGUUGACCACCUUUGAGGACAGAAGCGAAAAGGGUGAAGAGUACUUUAGGAAACGCUUUGGAAAUUUGAAAAAUGGAAAGAGGAUCGAUAUUAACUUUGCGGACUCCAGAUUUUUGAUGACCAAUUUGGAAAAUGUAAACGCCUUCUACCUCUUUAUAAAGGAACAUGGAAAAAAAUACAACACACCAGAGGAAAUGCAACAAAGAUAUUUAGCCUUUGCAGAAAAUUUAGCAAAAAUAAAUGCACACAAUAGUAAGAAAAAUGUUUUGUACAAAAAAGGAAUGAACCAUUUUGGAGAUCUCUCCUUUGAAGAAUUUAAGAAAAAAUAUUUGACCCUAAAAACUUUGGACUUCAAGUCAGGUGGUGUUAAAUCCGCUGGAGAGGUCAGUUAUGAGGACGUAAUUAACAAGUACAAGCCAAAGGAUGCCACGUUCGACCCUGCUAAAUAUGACUGGAGAUUACACAGAGGUGUGUCCCCUGUGAAGGACCAAGGGGAUUGCGGAUCUUGCUGGGCAUUUAGCACAGUAGGAGUGGUAGAAUCACAGUAUUUAAUUAGGAAGAACGAAUUGGUGUCCAUAAGUGAACAACAGAUGGUAGAUUGUUCUACUAAAAAUAAUGGCUGCCAUGGAGGUUUAAUUUCCCUCUCCUUUGAAGACAUGAUCGAAAUGGGAGGACUGUGCUCAAGUGAAGCUUAUCCAUACGUGGCAGAUGUUCCAGAAAUGUGCAAAUAUAACACGUGCGAUAGGAAGUACAAAAUUAAUAACUUUUUGGAAAUUCCUGAAUUCAAAUUUAAAGAGGCCGUUAGGUAUCUUGGACCCAUAAGUGUCAGUGUAGCUGUAAGUGAUGACUUUGCUUUUUACCAGGGGGGUAUAUUUGAUGGGGAAUGUGGUCCUACGACCAACCAUGCCGUCAUCCUUGUCGGUUUUGGAGCUGAAGAGGUUUACGACACUGAUACGAAUACUACAAAAACGCACUAUUACUACAUUAUUAAGAAUUCGUGGGGUACCUCUUGGGGAGAGAGGGGAUUCAUUCGCAUGGAGACAGACAUAAAUGGGUACAGGAAGCCUUGCCUUCGGUGCGCUGAUCGAUACAACACCCAGGACCCCAUCAACACGGAAAAGAAGGCGUUCCUGGGGCAGGGAUACAUGGACAAGACCAUCUUGAAGAAGAAGAAAAACAGCCUCAUCCUUUUGUCCGUCUCGGUCAUCUGCAUAUUUGUGUGCUCCGCAUUUUACUUCACGAGGUCGUCAAGGAGUGAUGGAGGGAUUGACUACGAUAUUACAGACAAAGUGGACGAUGAUUACAUAAUAAAUUUUCUGCUAAAGAGUAAGAAUGGAAAAAAAUUUAUCGCAUCCAAAGUGCAGGAGUUAAUAUCUACGUAUGACAAGGAGAAGGACAACUCCUCCUCUCAGCAUGGAGGCAUAUUUAAGCGCUUUGCAAAGAGGGACAAAUGCACAGGAAAUAAUUGCAGUGUUAGUCCCUAUAGGAAAAAUGCAGCUGAGACGGAGAUAACACCCGAAGCCUACCUAGUCAACCCUUUCAUUGACACAAAAUUUUUGAUGACCAAUUUGGAAAAUGUAAACGCCUUCUAUCUUUUUAUAAAGGAGCAUGGAAAAAAAUACAACACACCAGAGGAAAUGCAACAGAGAUAUUUAGCCUUUGCAGAAAAUUUAGCAAAAAUAAAUGCACACAAUAGUAAGGCAAAUGUUCUAUACAAAAAAAGAAUGAAUCAUUUUGGAGAUCUCUCCUUUGAAGAAUUUAAGAAAAAAUAUUUGACCCUAAAAACUUUGGACUUUAAGUCAGGUGGUAUGAAAUCCUCACGAAUGGUCAGUUACGAUGACAUAAUUCAUAAGUACAAACCGAAAGAUGGCACCUUCGAUUACGUAGAACAUGACUGGAGACAGUUAAACGCUGUAACUCCUGUGAAAGACCAACAGAACUGUGGUGCCUGCUGGGCAUUUAGUACAGUAUCCGUCAUCGAAUCGCAGUACGCAAUUAGAAAAAAAGAGUUAAUCUCCCUCAGUGAACAAGAAAUGGUAGACUGCUCCUUCCAAAACAAUGGCUGUGAUGGAGGCUUCAUCCCCCGUGCGUUCGAGGACAUGAUCGAAAUGGGAGGACUCUGCAAGGAGAAGGAAUAUCCCUAUGUAGAUUUAAUUCCAGAACUUUGCUACAUUGAUAGGUGCCAAAAAAAGUAUAAGGUUACGACCUACGUGGAAGUUCCUCAAGUGCGAUUUAAGGAAGCAAUUAAAUUUUUAGGACCCAUAAGUGUAAGCAUUCAUGCAAAUGAUGACUUUGCUUACUACGAUGGAGGUCUCUUUGAUGGCUCCUGUGGAAUCGCCGCCAACCAUGCCGUCGUCCUUGUUGGUUACGGAAUGGAAGAAAUGUAUGAUGCCAUGAGCAGAGCGUAUGAAAAACGCUACUACUACUGGCUGAGAAAUUCUUGGGGUGAAAAAUGGGGAGAAAAAGGAUACAUGAAGAUUCAAACGGAUGAGUACGGAUUGUUGAAAACUUGCGACCUAGGUGAGCAGGCCUACUACUCGAACGAUAAUUCUCAUAAACCGGAGAAGGAACUUUUUGUGGAGAAAUCGUUUGGUGGUAGAAAUGGCAAGGGGAGGAAGAGCCUCCUAGCAGUUUUGUCUGUGUCCGUAAUAUGCCUCCUAGCUGGCUCUGUAUUUUAUUAUACACGGAUGGGGAAGGGGAAUGAUGUCCCCCUGUACGGGAACACACAUGACGAGACCAGCAGCGAUGAUUUCAUUAUUUCCACUUUGUUGAGAAGCCCCAGUGGGAAAAAGUUCAUUGUGUCCAAGUUGCAAGAAUUGAUAGCUUCAUACGAUGAGGGCAUCAACUCGGGUAGAGCGAAGGAGGAACCAACUGGAGCGCAUAGCACAUCCGUUGCUACGGUCAGCACACCAAAGCAGGGAAACUUAAAGAUGCCCAGAAAAAUUAACAUAAAUUUUGCCGACACAAAAUUUUUGAUGACCAAUUUGGAAAAUGUAAACGCCUUCUAUCUUUUUAUAAAGGAACAUGGAAAAAAAUACAACACACCAGAGGAAAUGCAACAAAGAUAUUUAGCCUUUGCAGAAAAUUUAGCAAAAAUAAAUGCACACAAUAGUAAGGCAAAUGUUCUCUACAAGAAGGGCACGCACCAGUACAGUGACAUAACCUUUGAGGAGUUCAAAAAGACCAUGCUAACUUUACGAUUUGACUUGACUAAGAAAAUUGCCAAUUCACCCCACGUGAGUAAUUACAACGACGUAUUAAAGAAAUACAAACCCGCAGAUGCCGUGGUGGACAAUGAGAAGUAUGACUGGAGAGAACACAACGCAGUGAGCAAAAUUAAAAAUCAGAGCUUAUGUGGUUCGUGUUGGGCCUUUGGAGCUGUAGGGGCUGUGGAAUCCCAAUACGCCAUCCGAAAAAAUCAACACAUAUUGAUAAGUGAACAAGAAUUGGUUGACUGCUCUGACAAAAACUUUGGCUGCUAUGGUGGUUUAGCUUCCUCCGCUUAUGACGACGUGAUUGACUUAGGGUACCUAUGCUCGGAAAGUGAAUAUCCCUACGUUGGAUUCAAACCACGUACAUGUGAAAUCAAGAAAUGCAAAGAAAAAUAUACCAUCAAAAGUUACGUUCAAAUUCCCGAGGACAAAUAUAAAGAGGCUAUCCAGUUCCUUGGACCUCUGACCUUAGGACUGACUGUCGAUGACAACUUUUACGAUUACCAGGAGGGAAUCUUCACUUCCGAUAGCAUAGAUGAACCCAACCAUGAAGUUAUGAUUGUUGGCUAUGGUGUGCAGGAAAUUUUCAACAGCGAAAUAAAUGCUAAUGAGAAACACUACUACUAUAUUAUUAAGAAUUCCUGGGGUACCUCAUGGGGUGAAAAGGGAUUCAUGAGAAUUGAGACGGACGAGUUGGGUUUGAAGAAGAUCAACAACAUGACAGAUGCAUAUGUCCCCCUGCUUGACUAG